AUGGAUGCUUACAAUGCGCUCUCACAGCUCUUCAUAAUGCUUUUUGCAUUUGCUCUCCCGAGUAUCACGACCCUGUCAUCGAAACCUUCCGAUGACCACAAAUGUGAAUUGGUAGGGACGUUUUCGCUCUUCACCCAAGCGUUCUUGGGACUCCUAUGCAUCCUGUCACUUAUAAUCAAGCGUUUUUACGAGUAUCCGGAGAGAAGAACAUGGCAAGUUUGGUUCUUUGAUGUCUCCAAGCAGAUCAUUGGAGCCAUGGGUGUACAUGUGUUCAACCUUCUCUUAUCAAUCCUUAAGGCACAGCCCGAUAUCAAUGUCGCGAAGAAGAAGUCAGAUGACUGCUACGAAAACGAUGACUGCACUGGUAGCCCAUGCGACUGGUACUUCUUGAACAUUGUGUUAGAUUGCACCAUCGGUGUCUAUGUGCUCUACUUGGUACUUCGAUUUGUCAGCUUCGUAUGUAAAAAAUAUCUUCACGUUACACAGAUAGAGAGUGGAGAGUAUGGCCCCAACCCCCAUCGCCCUUCUGUCCGCGCCUACUUGAAGCAAUUGAGUUUGUACUUCGGUUCCCUUAUGGUGACCAAGUUUGUCCUAUACGGGUUGGUCGAGUGCUUCGAGAGUGAGCUUCUUUGGUUCACAAGUAACAUUUUACUUUCAUGGCUCAAUGAAUAUCCAAACGAACUCGAAAUCUUCAUAGUCAUGUUCGUGGUCCCUGUGGUGAUGAACUGUAUCCAGUUGGUUCUUGUGGACAACUUCAUUCAGAAUCAGGAAAUGCACCAGAAAAAUCUACAAUAUAGCCAUUCCCGCGGCCACAAAAUGCAUAUGAAGUCGAGACAAGAUGAGGAAAAUCUUGGGUACGGCUCUACCACUUAA